UGGAGCAUCAGUUCUACUGAACAACCCCAAUCAGUAAGAUGAAAACAAGCUAGUUUUCGUGCAAUUUUUGCAAGCCUUAACUUUUCCAAGUGAAUUUCUGUUUUUUUAACCAAGCCAGUCAGUUUCCACUGUCCACUGUUUGUGUUGUUUGGUGUGAGGAAUUGAAGUGAAGUGAGUCUCAAAGUCGAUCGUAAGCUGGCAAAUUUUGAAACAUAGUGUCGUAUCGUAGUUAUUGAUCGUGUGUAGAAAAGUGAAAAGAAUCUCGUCAAUAUGCCGCAAGUCAUCGAAGUUUAUACCCCGUUCCAAACCACUCUGGGUUGCAGCCCGAAGCUGCGCUCGGUCCCCAAACCGCAAAACGUGGUCCGUGGAGUCCCCAUUGUCAACGGGGAUGUCGCUCAACUGUCGGUCAAGGUGCGCACCUUCCUGGAGGAGUCCGUAGCCAUGUGUCGUCCCGAUCGGAUCCACAUCGUCGACGGAAGCGAGCAGGAGAGUGCCGCCCUGAUCAAGGCCCUCCAAGCUCAGGGCACUGUCCACCCGUUGCCCAAGUACGACAACUGCUGGCUGGCUCGCACCAAUCCGGCGGACGUGGCCCGUGUUGAGUCCAAGACCUUCAUCUGCACCCAGCGACGGGAGCAGACCAUCCCAACGCCCAAGGAAGGCAUCAAGGGAACGCUCGGAAACUGGAUCUCGCCGGAAGACUACGAAGCUGCGAUCCGAUCUCGCUUCCCCGGAUGCAUGAAAGGGCGCACCAUGUACGUUGUUCCGUUUUCCAUGGGCCCAAUCGCUUCUCCACUGGCGAAGGUCGGCAUCGAAAUCACCGAUUCGGCCUAUGUCGUCUGCUCAAUGCGUAUCAUGACUCGCAUGGGACAGGAAGUGCUGGACAAACUUGCAGAUAACUCGGAUUUCAUCAAAUGUCUGCACUCUGUGGGUACUCCAGCCAACGGAAAGAUCGCCAUGUCCUCCUGGCCUUGCGAUCCGGAACGUACCAUCAUCCUGCAUAAACCGGCCAACAACGAGAUCGUGUCUUACGGAUCCGGCUAUGGCGGCAACUCGCUGCUCGGCAAGAAGUGCUUCGCUCUCCGUAUCGGCAGCACCAUUGCUCAACGUGAAGGAUGGCUUGCUGAACACAUGCUGAUUCUGGGCAUCACCGACCCUAACGGAGUUAAGAAGUACAUCGCUGCCGCUUUCCCGUCGGCUUGUGGCAAAACCAACUUGGCCAUGAUGAACCCAACUCUGCCCGGGUACAAGAUGGAAUGCGUUGGUGACGACAUUGCCUGGAUGAAGUUCGAUUCGAAAGGUCAGCUACGUGCCAUCAAUCCGGAAAAUGGCUUCUUCGGAGUCGCCCCGGGAACCUCGUCGGAAACCAACCCUAACGCCAUGAAGACAGUCUACAAGAACACCAUCUUUACCAACGUUGCCGCCACAUCUGACGGCGGAGUCUUCUGGGAAGGAAUGGAGAAUGAAAUUGACCCCGAUGUCGAAAUCACCGACUGGCUGGGCAAUCCCUGGAAGCUGGGUGAAUCUAAAACCCCAGCUGCCCACCCGAACUCCCGAUUCUGUGCACCCGCCAGCCAGUGUCCGAUCAUCGAUCCUGCCUGGGAAGACAACGAAGGAGUCCCAAUUUCCGCCAUUCUUUUCGGAGGCCGUCGUCCCGAAGGUGUCCCACUAGUCUACGAAGCCAACUCAUGGUCUCACGGAGUAUUCAUCGGAUCCGCCAUGCGCAGUGAAACCACCGCUGCCGCCGAACACAAAGGCAAGAUGAUCAUGAACGAUCCGUUCGCCAUGCGGCCUUUCUUCGGGUACAACUUCGGUGACUACAUGAAACACUGGCUCAGCAUGGAGCAACGCUGUUCAGCCGCCGGAGGCCAUAUGCCCAAGAUCUUCCACGUGAACUGGUUCCGCAAGGACGCCAACGGCAAGUUCCUGUGGCCAGGAUUCGGAGAAAACUGUCGCGUCAUGGACUGGAUUCUGCAGCGAGUGGACGACCACGACUGCUACCGGGAAACUGCGGUCGGUCGCAUCCCCGCUCCAGGCACGCUAAACCUAGAAGGACUCAGAAGCCCAGUGAAUGAGAAGGAGCUGUUCUCGAUACCGAAGCAGUUCUGGCUGAAGGAAGUGGAUGAGAUCAAGCAAUACUAUGACAACCAGCUGCCGCAUGAUUUGCCGCAGGAAAUCGCCAAAGAACUACAGGAGCUCAAGGGGCGCGUCGAGCGAAUGUAGACCACACAAAACAAUGUAGCUUUAUAACGUCGUUUUUAAGGAUCAACGUAUUUUACACUUAAUUAGGUCUAACUUAUUCCGUAAUGCUUGUGAUAUAACGUUUUGAAUAUGUUCUUUUGUGAAGGACGGUUUACAAUAAAUAACUUUUUAUAUGUGUCUAAAAAAA